GCCUGCCCCAGCAUCCCCUGCGCGAAGCUGGGUGCCCCGGGGAGUCUGACCACCAUGCCACCUCCUUGCCUCCUCUUCUUCCUCCUCUUCCUCACCCCCAUGGAAGUCAGACCCCAGGAACCUCUAGUGGUGAAGGUGGAAGAGGGAGAUAACGCUGUGUUGCAGUGCCUCGAGGGGACCUCAGAUGGCCCCACUCAGCAGCUGGUCUGGUGUCGGGAGUCCCCGUUUGAACCCUUCUUAAAUCUCAGCCUGGGGCUGCCAGGCAUGGGAAUCCGCAUGGGGCCCCUGGGCAUCUGGCUUUUAAUCUUCAACGUCUCUAACCAGACGGGGGGCUUCUACCUAUGCCAGUCGGGGCCCCCAUCUGAGAAGGCCUGGCAGCCUGGCUGGACAGUCAGUGUGGAGGGCAGCGGGGAGCUGUUCCGGUGGAAUGUUUCAGACCUAGGUGGCCUGGGCUGUGGCCUGAAGAACAGGUCCUCAGAGGGCCCCAGCUCCCCUUCUGGGAAACUCAUCAGCUCCCAACUGUAUGUGUGGGCCAAAGACAGACCUGAGAUCUGGGAGGGAGAGCCUGUGUGUGGCCCACCGAGGGACAGCCUGAACCAGAGCCUGAGCCAGGACCUCACCAUGGCCCCUGGCUCCACACUCUGGCUGUCCUGUGGGGUACCCCCUGACUCUGUGUCCAGGGGCCCCCUCUCCUGGACCCAUGUGCGCCCCAAGGGGCCUAAGUCCUCAUUGUUGAGCCUAGAGCUGAAAGACGAUCGCCCAGACAGAGAUAUGUGGGUAGUGGACACGGGUCUGUUGUUGACCCGGGCCACAGCUCAAGACGCUGGAAAGUAUUAUUGUCACCGUGGCAACUGGACCAAGUCAUUCUACCUGGAGAUCACUGCUCGGCCAGCACUAUGGCACUGGCUGCUGAGGAUUGGUGGCUGGAAGGUCCCAGCUGUGACUUUGACUUAUCUGAUCUUCUGCCUGUGUUCCCUUGUGGGCAUUCUUCAUCUUCAAAGAGCCCUGGUCCUGAGGAGGAAAAGAAAGCGAAUGACUGACCCCACCAGGAGGUUCUUCAAAGUGACGCCUCCCCCGGGAAGCGGACCCCAGAACCAGUAUGGGAACGUGCUAUCUCUCCCCACACCCACCUCAGGCCUCGGACGCGCCCAGCGUUGGGCCGCAGGCCUGGGGGGCACCGCCCUGUCUUAUGGAAAUCCAAGCAGCGACGUCCAAGUGGAUGGAGCCGUGGGGUCCCAGAGCCCUCCGGGAGCGGGCCCAGAAGAAGAGGAAGGGGAGGGCUAUGAAGAGCCCGACAGUGAGGAGGGCUCCGAGUUCUAUGAGAACGACUCCAACUUUGGGCAGGACCAACUCUCCCAGGAUGGCAGCGGCUACGAGAACCCUGAGGAUGAGCCCCUGGGUCCUGAGGAUGAAGACUCCUUCUCCAACGCUGAGUCUUACGAGAACGAGGAUGAAGAGCUGACCCAGCCGGUCGCCAGGACAAUGGACUUCCUGAGCCCCCAUGGGUCAGCCUGGGACCCCAGCCGGGAAGCAACUUCCCUGGCUAACCGGGGCCCCAAACCCGAUGCUGACCGAAUCACCCCUUCUCAGCACAGCAUAGGGUCCCAGUCCUAUGAGGAUAUGAGAGGGCUCCUGUAUGCAGCCCCCCAGCUCCGUUCCAUUCGGGGCCAGCCUGGACCCAAUCAUGAGGAAGAUGCAGACUCUUAUGAGAACAUGGAUAAUCCCGAUGGGCCAGACCCAGCCUGGGGAGGAGGUGGCCACAUGGGCACCUGGAGUGCCAGGUGAUCCUCAGGUGGCCAGCCUGGAUCUCUUCAAGUCCCCAAGAUCCACACCUGACUCUGAAAUCUGAAGACCUUGAGCAGAUGAUGCCAACCUCUGGAGCAAUGUUGCUUAGGAUGUGUGCAUGUGUGUACGUGUGUGUGUGUGUGUGUAUACAUGCCAGUGACACUUCCAGUCCCUUUUGUAUUCCUUAAAUAAACUCAAUGAGCUCUUCCAAUCCUA